UACAGCAAGACAGUGGAGGGAGAGUAGCUACUUGGUGUGAUAAAUAGACUUGUAAAUAUCAGGUUUUAGGAUCUGUUAUUAAUUCUGAGUGCGAAAAAACUAUUUAUAAUAUCGUGAGUUAUUUCUUGUACUCUAAGAACCCAUAAAACACAAGUUAAACAAUCCUUUGGUUCCAGACCUGCGCGAUCUUGGCUACGUACAGAGUUCACUUCAAGCGAAGUUACACUUGACGUGCUCUCAUACAUCCAACUUAAGGCGACAGCCCUGUCUCCAUGCCCCCCGUGGACCCCGCGCCACCGCCGGAGGGGGGCGGCCGGCCGAGACCUGCGGCGAUCGGCAUCGACUUCGGGACGAGCAAAUGCUGCGUGGCUGCGGUGCGCGACGGUCGGGUGGACGUCCUGGAGAACGAGUUGGGGCAAAGGACGACGCCUUCCUGUGUUGCCUUCAACUCCCAGCAGCGACUAGUGGGCAGCGAUGCCCUGGACCAGGCCGUUGUGAACUGCGCCAACACCGUGCACUCCGUCAAGAGCUUCCUGGGGAGGACAUACGACGAAGUGAAGGACUGCUAUUCUCCUUGUCAUAUUCGACCAACUCAUAGAGGACAUAGAUUCGAGUACGUCGUCCAUUACAAAAAUCAUGAUCAGAGGCUGAGACCCGAGCAGGUGGCCGCCAUGCUGCUCGGGAGGAUGAAGGACAUCGCGGAAUCCUCUCUGGGUUGUUCCGUAGACCGCGCGGUCAUCUCGGUACCGGCUUCGUUCGGCAACGCGCAGCGACUCGCGGUAAAAUACGCCGCGCAAGUCGCAGGACUUGAAGUUCUUGAGCUGAUCAACGAAACAACCGCGGCGGGGGUCGCCUUCGCGGACAACCGCACCGUCAAAACCCCCGCGGUUAUCGCGGUGGUGGAUUUCGGGGCGGGUAAGCUGGAUGUGUCCAUCAUGGAGGUGAGGGAUGGAUCGGUGAGAGUUGUGGUUGCUGCUGGAAACACAAACCUUGGUGGCUGCAACUUAGACGAUGCUUUGGUUGGCCAUUGUGUGGGAGUCAUUCACGGCAGACAUAACUACAGAGUGAAGGAGAAGAAGCAACUUGAACGACUGCGCAUUGCGUGUGAGAAAGCUAAGAAAACUCUGACUUUGCUUCCAGAGGCUCAGUUUAUCCUCGAGAAUCUCUUCUGCAACGUAGACGUAAGCCUCACCGUCAAGAGAAAGGACUUAGAUUUACUCAUUAAGUCUGACAUCCGCCGUGAGGUGUCAAGCUUAUUUGAUCAUCUUCUCCGACAGGUAUCAUUAGCCAAAGAUGUGAUCAGUAAGGUUGUGCUGGUCGGAGGUGCAACACGCAUGCCGUUGGUGCGGGCCGUCCUCGAGGAAUAUUUCGGUCCGGGAAAGUUGGACCAAACGGUGAACCAAGACGAGGCUGUGGCACAGGGCGCCGCCUUACGGGCUGCGACAUUAAGUGGACAAGAAUCUGGGACUUCAAUCGGUGUGCAAGACGUGACGGCUUUUGCUACCAUUGGUGACUAUAGCACUAAGGGACUCGUCGAUUUGUACGAGCGCAUCCCGUUAUCCCGAAAGAUCAAUAUUACCUCCAGCAACAGUCAUUACAUGCGUAACUUGUAUGAACGUUGCUACACAGGAGGAAACAAGAAAACCUUUCAUGUGCACUAUUCCCGCAGCCAGGAAUUUUUCAGUCUCGCCGACUGUGGUUUUUUAGUCGUGAAUGCCGACGCAAGUGGUAUUCUUGAGGUUCAAGCAGAAGUAAAUGGCAAAAUUCUUGACGGAUUAGUGAUGUGCACUAAUUAUUAUCCUCCAGGCGUGCUAAAAGAAUGGAUUGAUGUAGCUAACAAAUUUCGCAAGGACGUUGAAAACGAAAAAAAUCGCGUCGAUGCUGAGACGCAACUGGAAUCCCUGGUCUACGAAGUUAAAGCGGCUCUAUGCGAUGUCCAAGAGUUGGUAUCAAGAGGAGAAAUAUCUGAGACAACACAUUUGUGCGACGUCACUCUCGAAUGGAUAGAAGACGCACAGGCGGCUUCGCUUCAAGAUUUUAAUGCUCAGAUAGAGAAAUUGACUCAAGUUAGAGAAAAAUUAGACAGGAUCAAAUUACUUGCUGUGGAACCUAAAAAGGAAAUAGGCAAUUCUCAAAAUGAACUUCUCGACAAAAGCAAGAAAUUUGUGGAAGCAAAGUCAAAAGAAUCGAGUGUGAACGUUCAGAACCACGGAUUGGACAGUACGUUGUCGCACUUGUCAAAGAAUCAAUUCGAAGAAGCCCCUAAUUCUGGAGACUCUGACAACAAAAAAGCUAACAGGACGGAUAACCAAUUUUAUGGAGCGGAUGGUAAGAUUUUGUUUUCUAGAACUGUCGUUCUUAAUUCUAUUGCAUCAAGAAGUCAUGAAGCUACCUUAAUGAAUGCCUCAAUUUCGACUGAAAACAAUAUGAAGAAAAACGAAGUUGGUGGUCAAACCUCAUUUGGAGGAGAACCUUUACGCACCUGCGAAAUUUAUUCUUUGAGUAAUGAUGUUGAGGGAUCAUCGUCAAGAAUUGGAUCAGAAGCAAGUGACGGAUCUCAGUACAAACGAUCUGUGUCACAAGAUGGACCAGACGACAGACGAUCUGCAUCACGAGACAGACACGGUGACAGACGAUCUGCAUCACGAGAUGGACACGGUGACAAACGAUCUGCAUCACGAGACGGACACGGUGACAGACGAUCUGCAUCACGAGACGGACACGGUGACAGACGAUCUGCAUCACGAGACGGACACGGUGACAGGCGAUCUGCAUCGAAAGACAGGAACAAGGACCCGCGGCCAUCAUCGAAGGUUAAGGACGAAAACUUUCAAUGCGCUUGUGCGGAUAGGGAUGCAAUCGUCCCCUGUCCCUCAGAACGCGGUCGUCCUCUGUUUAAAAACCAGACAAUUCAUUCCACUCGGCUCAGGACGAGGUCUCAAUUUCGUACCGAGGCGCAUGAACUUUCGCGUCCUCGUCGAUACCGGUCAAGCUCGUUCUCGAGCAAACUUCCUCUCACAGCAAAAACUUCGUUUGCCCAAGGCACCCAAAAUGGCACAGAGAAAAAUAAGAUGCCUGAUCAUUUAAUUACCAAAAGAAGCGUCGUAUCGACUGUCCGUGCCACACAAAUGGCCAGCAAACAGCUCGAAAGGAGGAAUGCAGGAUCAGACGGCAAGUUUUCUGGGACUUUUCUCUCAGGAACAAAGGAAUCGAUCUUAAAUAACAAAUCUGCGCUGCCAAACAAAACUUCUGUUAACAGUAUGUUUCCGCAACUAAAAGCUGGUAUCGUUAAAGCUCCGCCGCAGCGGCCACCAUCAAACUCUGACGGAUCAGCUUGCUUUUUGAAACAAAGAGAUGCUAAGAGUCAAAUGUCUUCCAGUCCUAAACACAUUAAAAGUUAUGUCAACACUGAUGAGUCAUCUGAGUAUAAUCAACCAACCUUUGAAUCAAUAAGUCAGAACAUAUUCCGUAAGGUACCCACAUUUUAUGAACAUGUAUUUCACAAAAUACUUUCAAACCCCAGUAAUUUUUCUGAAUUCAAAGACAAUUUACACAGGCAACUGGAAGAAUUUCUCUGCUCGAUGAAGACCGAAGUUUUACAUCCAGACGAAAUUCUCGGUGCGGUCGGAACUUCUUCCACCUCAAAACACGGCAGCUUAUGGCAGAUUGAAGGAGGCUUGGCACAAAGCUUCUGUAAUUUAAGCAUAGAUGACAACGGCGACGUGGAAAAAAUGGAAGUUGACUCUCCACCUUCAAUCGAUAACAUGAAGCUUUCCACCCCUAGAGACUUAUCCAGCGAAAGUUCCCGCCACGUACCUGAAAAUUCUGGACACAUUGAGCACAGAUUCUCGAAUGGGGUUCUCAGGCCGCAGUACCAGCAGGUGUACAAAGAUAGUACGCCUCAUCGUGAAGGCAGUGGGAUCAGCUAUUCUUUGCGGAGUCAAAAAAGUGAUUUGGGACCAUCGCGUACAAAUGUCUCCACGCUCGUACAUUCUUACGAGACUCGUGAUGCACUGGCUGCAGUUGAAAUCCAAGCAUCGAAGAAAAACUAACCUCUAAAUUAGAGAUAAAUGUUCGGGAGCACAGCGCCAUUACUUUGAGGCGAAAGGGAACCGCGACGCAAGAAUGUCAGCGCGGAAUGUUUUUUUUAAUGUUUUUUUACAUGGAAUGUUUUUUCCGUGUAGUUAGUAAAAUACUUGUUUAGUCCUAGAGUUCGAAAAAAUGAAUAAAUUCCACCUGCUAGAAAAAAAAAAUUCAGAGAGGAGUUACUGGAUUUGUUUCAACGUGACUGUUGGUUUCACUGUUGAUAUUUUGAUUUCAGCUAUAGAAUCUAAAGAC